AUGGCCCGGAGACGGCCAGGCCAUGGCCCCCCACCCGGGCCCUCCCCAGCCACCGCCACAAGUGCCGUCAAUGGGAAGCGGGCGCUGCUGCUGCUGCUGCUGCUGCUGGCGAAGCGACUCACGGUCACCAUGUUCUCCCCCGCGCUCUCCACGGCGCUGCCGUGCCUCUGGAUUACAGCCUGCCUCCAGCUCUGCUGGCACGUACGCAGCGGGGACGCGCAGAACGCCAAGGAAGUUUGGUCGGAGAGCUUCCACGUCAGACGAGCUGCAUGGCAGUUGGCUGAUAAGCGUAACCAGACGUCUGGAGUCCACGUCUUCAGAGACCUGCGGUACGGCAGCGUUGUGCUGACCAUCUCAGCCAUUAAAGGUAUCCGCCUGGCUGGGCUUUACGGCCCACUCCCCCGUUUCCAUCCUUAUUGUUUCCAUGUCCUUCCCUCGUUCUUCCAAAGCCCCGGAGAGGUGUCGCUGUUCGAGAGCGCCAGUCUGUUUGUGGUUCCUGGAAAGUCUGGGACUAAAGGCCCGUGCCAGGCCCGUGUCCUGCCGUCCCCGCUCCUGUUCCAGGCUCAAAUGUACUGUGGUCCCAUCUGGCCUGAGAGCCUCUUCAGCGUCUGGUGCCAGAGACGGGGCCUCGCCAGCAGUGAGUCAGAGCGCCGCUGGGACUGGGACGCCGGACUGGGACGGCUGUGUUUGUACUUGUCACUCCGGGCGCUGCCAGCGGCGGGGGGCGCUGCAGAAACACUUAGCUAUCUGGACGCGGUCCGGGCCGGGAAACUCCUGUGCACUUCGGCCGGCCCGCAGAAUGCCGGGAUUUCAUGUCGCCCACAUGGAAGUACCCAGCGCCUCGCCGCCCUGCCACCCUGCAACCCUUCCGCCUCGCGGCCCUGCCACCCUGCCAACUCGCAGCCCUGCUACCCUGCCACACUGCCACCCUACCGCCCUGCUACCCUGCGACCCUGCCGCCCUGCUACCCUGCCACCCUCCCGCCUCGCCACCCUGUCACCUCGCAGCCCUGCCACCCUGAUGCCUCGCCACCCUGUCACCCUGCCGCCUCGCAGCCCUGCCACCCUCCCGCCUUGCCACCCUGUCACCCUGCCGCCUCGCAGCCCUGCCACCCUCCUGCCUCGCCACCCUGCCACCCUGCCGCCUCGCCACCCUGCCGCCUCGCCACCCUAUCACCCUGCCGCCUCGCAGCCCUGCCACCCUCUUGCCUCGCCACCCUGUCACCCUGCCGCCUCGCCACCCUGUCACCCUGCCACCCUGCCGCCUCGCAGCCCUGCCACCCUCCCGCCCUCCCGCCUCGCCACCCUGCCGCCUCGCGGCCCUGCCAGCCUCCCGCCUCGCGGCCCUGUCGCCCUGCCACCCUGCCACCCUCCCGCCUCGCGGCCCUGUCGCCCUGCCACCUCGCGGCCCUGCCACCCUCCCGCCCUCCCGCCUCGCCACCCUGCCGCCUCGCGGCCCUGUCGCCCUGCCACCCUCCCGCCUUGCGGCCCUGUCGCCCUGCCACCUCGCGGCCCUGCCAACAUGCCGCCCUGCCACCCUGCCACCUCGCGGUCCUGCCAACAUGCCGCCCUGCCACCGUGCCACCCAGCCAACUCGCAGCCCUGCCACCCUCCUGCCUCGCCACCCUGUCACCCUGCCGCCUCGCCACCCUGUCACCCUGCCACCCUGCCGCCUCGCAGCCCUGCCACCCUCCCGCCCUCUCGCCUCGCCACCCUGCCGCCUCGCGGCCCUGCCAGCCUCCCGCCUCGCGGCCCUGUCGCCCUGCCACCCUGCCACCCUCCCGCCUCGCGGCCCUGUCGCCCUGCCACCUCGCGGCCUUGCCACCCUCCCGCCCUCCCGCCUCGCCACCCUGCCGCCUCGCGGCCCUGCCAGCCUGCCGCCUCGCCGCCCUGUCGCCCUGCCACACUGCCACCCUCCCGCCUUGCGGCCCUGUCGCCCUGCCACCUCGCGGCCCUGCCAACAUGCCGCCCUGCCACCCUGCCACCUCGCGGUCCUGCCAACAUGCCGCCCUGCCACCCUGCCACCCAGCCAACUCGCACCCCUUUCACCCUGCCGCCUCGCGGCCCUGCCAUCCUGCCAACUCGCAGCCCCGCCACCCUGCCACCCUGCCACCCUGCCACCUUGCGGUCCUGCCACCUCGGAGCAUGUGGUCGUGGUUUCUACAAGUCCUCGUCCCAGGACCUCCAGUGCUCGCGCUGUCCCUCACACAGCUUCAACGACCGCGAGGGCUCCUGGCGCUGCGACUGCGAGGACGGCUACUACCGGGCGCUCUCCGACCCGCCGUCCGUGGCCUGCACAAGACCCCCCUCGGCCCCGCAGAACCUGGUCUACAACAUCAACCAGACGGUGGUCAGUCUGGAGUGGAGUCCCCCGGCCGACACGGGCGGCCGCAACGACGUCACCUACAGGGUUAUAUGCCGGCGUUGCAGCUGGGAACCCGAGGAAUGCGUGCCCUGUGGUCCCAACGUGGGAUACUCGCCGGCACAGUCAGGAUUAGUGGACACUUACGUGACCAUCAUGGACCUGCUUGCUCAUGCCAACUACACCUUUGAAGUGGAGGCGGUGAACGGCGUGUCGGAGCUGAGCCGCACACAGAGGCUGUUUGCAGCGGUCAGCAUUGCCACGGGUCAAGCAGCUCCGUCGCAGGUCAGCGAGGUCAUUAAGGAGAAGGUGCAGCAGCGCAGCAUCCAGCUGUCCUGGCAGGAGCCCCAGCAGCCCAACGGCGUCAUCACGGAGUACGAAGUCAAGUACUAUGAAAAAGACCAGAAGGACCGGGUGUACUCCACCGUGAGAUCCAAGUCCACCUCUGCAACGGUGAACAACCUGAAGCCCAGCACGGCCUACGUGUUUCAGAUCCGGGCCUUCACCGAGGCGGGUUACGGCACCUACGGGCCCAGACUGGAGAUCACCACCAAGGAGGAGGCCACAGCCGCGAUUGUCUCCAGCGAGCAGAACCCCGUCAUCAUCAUCGCGGUGGUGGCUGUGGCGGGGACCAUCAUCCUGGUGUUCAUGGUGUUCGGCUUCAUCAUUGGGAGAAGGCACUGCGGCUACAGCAAAGCGGAUCAGGAGGGAGACGAGGAGCUCUACUUCCAGUUUAAAUUUCCAGGCACCAAAACCUACAUUGACCCUGAAACCUACGAGGACCCAAACAGGGCUGUCCAUCAAUUUGCCAAGGAGUUGGAUGCCUCCUGCAUAAAAAUCGAGCGCGUUAUUGGAGCAGGAGAAUUCGGGGAGGUGUGCAGCGGCCGGCUUAAGCUGCCUGGAAAGCGGGACGUUUCGGUCGCAAUCAAGACACUGAAAGUGGGUUACACGGAGAAGCAGAGGCGAGACUUCCUGUGCGAGGCCAGCAUCAUGGGACAGUUCGACCAUCCCAAUGUCGUGCACCUGGAGGGAGUCGUGACGAGAGGAAAACCGGUCAUGAUCGUCAUCGAGUACAUGGAGAACGGCUCAUUAGAUGCUUUCCUCAGGAAACACGACGGUCAGUUCACAGUCAUCCAGUUGGUGGGCAUGCUGCGCGGCAUCGCCGCGGGAAUGAGAUAUCUGGCUGAUAUGGGAUACGUCCACCGCGAUCUGGCUGCACGAAACAUCCUCGUCAACAGCAAUCUCGUAUGUAAAGUGUCUGACUUCGGCCUGUCAAGGGUGAUAGACGACGAUCCCGAGGCCGUCUACACAACAACUGGUGGUAAAAUACCUGUGCGGUGGACGGCACCCGAGGCCAUCCAGUACCGCAAGUUCACCUCCGCCAGCGACGUGUGGAGCUACGGCAUCGUCAUGUGGGAGGUUAUGUCCUACGGGGAGCGGCCGUACUGGGACAUGUCCAACCAAGACGUGAUAAAGGCCAUAGAGGAAGGCUACCGUCUCCCAGCGCCCAUGGACUGUCCCCCGGGACUGCACCAACUCAUGCUGGACUGUUGGCAGAAAGACCGAGCAGAACGGCCCAAAUUUGAUCAGAUAGUUGGCAUCCUGGAUAAGAUGAUCCGCAACCCCAACACACUCAAAACGCCAGUGGGAACGUGUACAAGACCAAUUAGCCCACUUUUAGAUCAGAGCACCCCAGACUUCACGGCUUUCCGCUCGGUGGGAGAAUGGCUGGAAGCCAUCAAGAUGGAGCGAUACCGCGACAACUUCACGGCGGCGGGAUAUAGUUCCUUGGAGUCCGUGGCCAGGAUGUCGAUCGAGGACGUGAUGAGCUUGGGAAUCUCGCUAGUGGGCCACCAGAAAAAGAUCAUGAGCAGCAUACAGACUAUGAGAGCCCAGAUGCUGCACCUGCACGGCACGGGGGUGCAGGUGUGACGAGCCGCCACGGGGCUGCGACGGGCCGCCGCGCUCACGCACACAAACUCAAGCAGAACUCGACUUGGGAGCAGCGCCGGGAACGUCACCCCGGCGCGAUUGUCAAAGUACACGGACGUCUGUUUUGUCUGACUCCUCCUGCUGCGUCUGGAGUAAAAUCAUUCCUUUGUUCCUCAGCGAGGAGCCCCGGCGUCCCGUCUCCUCAACGGGCACCAAAACGGAGGAAAAAGGGCCACGAAAACGGGCAAUAACGAAGUAACUUGCUGAAGAAUGACUUUGUUUUCUUUCUUAUUUGUAGAAGCACUCCUGAACUGGACGGCCUAUCAAAAAAGGCGUGUAGGGGAGGGCUCGGCGUUCAUGUUUCUUUACCUUGAAUGAUUUAAGUGCACACCGUGACUGAGGAGUUCCUUUAUAAAGAAGAAACAAACCAUGUCUAUUUGUAGUGGUUUCACUUUUUUAAUCUGUUCACCUCCUUUUGUCGUGUGCCACAGUGACAUGUUGUAGCGCGCACGGACGUGGUUUUUUUUACUUCUUUUUGGACGUGACAACAGGGUAACUCGCACCCGGAUGCAGAGGGAGCCUCUGGGAUGCACAUUUCAAGGGACUGUUUGCAGUGACUUUUUCAUUUUUUUUCCUUCACGGGCUGUUAAAGGGAAAUCCUCUCGUGCUUAUUUGCUCAUUUCAAACGUUUUUUCCGACCAGUGCGACACAGAGGAGACGCAAGGAGGUGGAAUCGUCCUUUCUCAUCACCAGACUUGCAUCCGAGCAGCGGUUGUCCUGCGCGGAAACGGUUGCUCCAGGCCGUUGCCUGGUUACUGGUUAGAAUGUGGCAGCACAGUUGAAAGAUUGUAUUGAAAUUGCAGCCUCUGCAUAUUUUUUUUUGUUUGCCAUUGUUUUGCCUAAAAUGUUGCACAGAGUUUGUUUGGUGCAUUGUUAUGCUGCAAAUAUUGUUUAAGGGUGGACCCCCAGAAAAAAAAAAAAGUAGAUGUAAACUGCCUUAAAAAUGUUUAGAUUUAGUUAGAUUGCCUGUAUUUUAGGUACUUUCGACGGCAAUUCUUUCUGUGGCUCACUUUGUUGUUUUUUUUUUUUCUUCUUUUGUAAUGUUUCCCUUGUAGAGUGAUGUCUUCUUAUCUGAAACUUGAUCUAGUGUCCAGAGACUCAGUUGAAUGACACAGUCAGAAACAACGGGAUGAUCUUAAAUCAGCAAUAACUCCCAGGGAGAAGCGGUCCUCGCUGUUCCUGAGUUCCUGAAAGGUGCUAGGCAGAAGUGCACGCGUGUGCUGUGCUCAGAUAAACCCUUUUGGAAAAAAAACAUCCAGUUUGCAGUGACAAAGUACAGGAAUGUACCUCUUUGAGAGCUCCGAAAAAUGCCGUGCCGACUCAUCAAAUGAUACGAUCGUGUCGUAUUCUUGCAACUGUGAUGUGCUAAUCAUCCGGUGGAAAUCUGGCGCGGCGUGGAAGUAUUGAAGAGGCUGCACGGUCGAAAGUGGCAUCCUCUGGAAGUCCAGAAAGGUUCCAAUUAGCCACGCCGACGUCAUCUUCUGACAAGAUGAAAGAGCGCCUUCGGGGUUGGGGUGUGAAAAUGCCAGACCAAAGGACGGAGCCGGCGCCCGACGCCGACCGAAUCCCUCCGUCCCGGCUCUCUCUGUCGUUUAUUCAUGCAUCUCUACUGCUCAUCCCUCACAGGCGUAAAAGAGACAGAACCCGCAUUGAAGUGUUUCUUAAGAUUGCUUCUCUUUUCCUCUCUGACGUUCUGUGCAGAACAGAGACGAGGGCUCUGCAGACGAGCCACCUGUUUCAACUUCAAGAAAGUUUCCAGGUUGAAGAUGCAUUAUUAUAAGAAAAUGCAUUUAUUCCGCUGUCGUCGCGGAAGAGAACUGUUGUCAUUUUCCUUCCUGCUGCUGUAACCUCCGAAACAAAUCUAUUAUUUCACAUUCGGUCAUAAACUGCAGGUUUUUGUUGCACCUACGGCUCGGGGCCACAGAGCCACCUCAGGCUUUCCUCAGCCUCUAUUACCACCGUGUGGAGUUGGAGAUGUUCAUCAGGUUCAUCACACCGUCCUUGACUCUGGUGCUGGCCGGUAUUACUCCGGCAGGGAGGCACGUGUUCCCGCUGCAGCUCGCUCCUGCCCCGUCCUCAGCUCCUGCCCCGUCCUCAGCCCCGUCCUCAGCCCCGUCCUCAGCCCCGUCCUCAGCCCCGUCCUCAGCCCCGUCCUCAGCCCCGUCCUCAGCUCCUGCCCCGUCCUCAGCCCCGUCCUCAGCCCCGUCCUCAGGUCACCUUUCAGAGGUGGCGCGCUCCUGAAUCAUGAAACAAUUCAUAAUAUCACCAUUUUACCACUUCAAAAGCUGCUCAGCUGUUUCUCGCCAUCUCUUAACGCUAUAUGAAAAGGAUGGGUGGUCUCCAAGAAAUUCAGAUUUUUCUCCCUGUUCGUGGGUGACCUUUCAUCAGAGACCCUCAUGAUAUGAUGUUGGUGAACAAGUCUACUUGUAUUAGGGCCAUGCAGGAGAAAAAAUAUUUGAGAGGGGAAGAUUUUUUUUUAUUGUGCACUUCGAGAAAAAAGUUGAAAUGU